AGUGGUUCAUACAUAACAUCCAUACGUAAACGUUUAUGAGCGGAUCUUCGCCAAUUUCUUCCAAUGUACCGUCGACACCGGUUUCUAUUACCAUGGGCUCGGCAUUUCGACGACGUUAUCAUCCAUACAUGACUAAACGGCAAUUGGCGACACUGAACAGUCUGAAAAAGUCGAGUCAUUUAGCGGUCAAAGAAAACGCUGCUCGUAACUCGAGUUGUAAAUUCAUUCAAGAAGUGGGCAAGAAACUGGGAUUUCCCCAAACGACCAUCAGCACGUCUCAAGCGUUAUACCAUCGUUUUUAUCUCUAUUAUUCUAUACGGGACUAUUCACCACAGGAUAUCAGUGUAACCUGCCUGUUUGUGGCUUCUAAAAUAGAGGAGACCAUCAAGAAAUUAAAAGAUAUCUUUGUCGCGGUGCACAGCGUCAAAUACCCUGACAGCAAAGAAUUGGAUCCAGAAAACGUAUCUGAGGAACGACGACGCCGCAUUAUCGGAUAUGAAAAACUAUUGCUGGAAACCCUGUGCUUCGAUUUUCAGUUUCGACAUCCCUACGAAUAUGUGGCCAAAUUUGUCAAGUGGAUACAAGCUUUUCAACCUCUCGACGGAAAGAGACUGGCUCGCAAAGCUUAUUCAUUGGCAGUAGAUAGUUAUCGUACGCAGCUCUGCGUAGAAUAUCCAGCACACACCAUCGCUGCUGGCUGCAUCUACUUGUCUUCACGUUUACUAAAGGAGGAAGACAAAGACUUUCGAGGCUUAACAGAGGAGCAGCCAUGGGAUCAGCUUUUCCUAUCGAGAAUGGAGGAUAUUGAAGAUGUUUGUCAGCAGAUUCUUGAUCUUUAUAUUAUGAACAACCGAGGCGACGUCACUCUUUACACACGUAUGAAAAUCGAACUCAAUGAGCAGGCUCAUGAAAGGGGUCCGGAUCCUGAUAUGGAUGAAAUAACACGGCAAGAACUGAAGAGUCGACCAUCGGAUUGGGAAUUCGAAGGCAUGAGUCCGCUCGACGUUGUGAACACGAAUCAACAUACAGUUUCUUAUCAUUUUGCCAACAGUAGCACUUGAUAAAAAUCACGAUAUCCUGCCUAUGCAACAAUUACGCUCUCUGCGGUACUGUAGAUCCAAAUCAAGUUUUGGAGAUAUUUUUAUGCAUGUACAUACUUCAAAAAUCAUAAACUAAAUCAUUCAUUACUCGACACAUCUAUUCUUUUCAGACGUCACAGCACUCUUUCUACUUUGAUAGCAUCCACCUCCUUCAAUAAAAAUCUGCCUCAACAGACCAUGAUCUCAUAAUGUUCCUUUCAGACCCUUUUCAUCACCUUUUUUGGAGUUCAAGAUAUCAACUGGCCAAUUUGACGAUCCCAAUGAAGUCACUGCAGUGAAACUCUGCACCCCUGAAUAUCAUGGGGCUCGGAUUUUUCUGCCGACUGCCGCGACGCCAUUGAAGGCUUGCAUCAUAUAUCCUUACGAGCCGUUUCUUUUAGAAUGUCAAAAAAUUACUUUCAUAGGACGUUUUUGACAACAACGAAUAGGUAAAAGGCUU